CCUCAUUUUCUGGCCCAGAUAUCUUUAGCAGAGCAGCAGUGACCCGAGCGGUGUGAAAAGAUGGACACAAGAGCCUGGAGGAAUCCAUAUCAUGACUAUGAUGGGAACCCAGCGUCCACACAGGCGUUGUUUGACUGCCAGGGGAAGCUCACAGCAGAGUUUGCCCAAAGGCUGAGCAGCAAGAUCAGCGAGCUGUUGGCUGUCAUGGAAAACGGGCUGAAGUCUGCUGACCCAAGAGAUUGCACCAGUUACACCGGCUGGGCAGGCAUUGCUCUGCUCUACCUGCAUCUCCACAACGUGUUCAGGGACUCCUCCUUACUCCAGAGAGCUCUAGAAUACGUCAGCCGCAGUCUGAAGUCUUUGACCCGACGCCACGACGUCACCUUCCUGUGCGGGGAUGCAGGGCCCCUGGCUGUCGCUGCUGUGGUCUACCAUCGCCUGCAGAGGGUGCAGGAGACCGACGAGUGCAUCAACAGACUGCUGCAGUUUCACCAGAACGUGGUCAAAGGUGCAGGCGGGCUGCCUGACGAGCUGCUCUACGGACGGAUGGGCUACCUCUACUCCCUCGUCUUCAUCAACCAGCAGCUCGGGCAGGACAGGAUCCCACUGCAGUACAUCCAGCAGAUCAGUGAGGCCGUGCUGGUGUCCGGCGAACACCUCAGCAGGAAGUUCAGGGUGCAGAACCACAGCCCUCUGAUGUACGAGUGGUACCAGGAGCAGUACGUCGGCGCCGCCCACGGCCUGGCGGGCAUCUACUACUACCUAAUGCAGCCGGGCUUCGUCUGCGUGGAGGAGUACGUACACAGGCUGGUGAAGCCCAGUGUCGACCACGUCUGCCGCCUCAAGUUCCCCACGGGAAACUACCCUCCAUGCAUCGGGGACGACCGAGACCUGCUGGUGCACUGGUGCCACGGAUCCCCCGGGGUGGUCUACAUGCUGCUGCAGGCGUACAGGGCCUUCGGAGUGCCCCAGUACCUGGAGGACGCCCUGCAGUGCGGAGAGGUGGUGUGGCACUGCGGCUUGCUGAAGAAGGGCUACGGGCUGUGUCACGGCGCGGCGGGGAACGCCUACACCUUCCUGGCCCUCUACCGGCUAACGCAGGACCCCAAGCACCUCUACAGAGCCUGCAUGUUUGCUGACUGGUGCAUGAACUACGGCAAACAUGGAUGCCGAACACCCGACACUCCCUUCUCCCUUUUUGAAGGCAUGGCCGGCACCAUCUACUUCUUGGCCGACAUCUUGCAGCCAAUGAAAGCGAGGUUCCCAUGCUUUGAGGUGUAAAAGCCCCGCCCCCCAUUCCACAGGUAGUCCUCCCCCCCCACCCCACAUCGCGGGAAAAAUACAACAAGGAGAAGACCCACACUUUUUCUCUAUCACACUCAUGCAUGAAAACAUUCACGUUCACAACAAUCGACAGUGUGCCAUGUUUUUCCUGCUCUUCUCUUAUGGGGAAUUUACAUGUUAUUAACAGGAUAAAUACAUAUACUCACAUCUCAACUACAUAAUUGUCUCAAAGGUGAGAGCUUGCCUCGCUUUUUUCGGUUCCUUUUUUGUGUAUAAAUUCUGCUCAGAUUGUGACGUCUUUUGAGGAUUUCAGCAAAAAAAAAAGAAUUUUCUGGCUGUAAGAAACAAAACAAAAAAAAAAAAGUGGUAAAACUUAAAUGGUGUUUUGUUAACACUUAACUGCAUAUUUCUAUUAUUCUGUAAGCUUUAUGUUUAAAAAAAAAAAAAAAAAGGAAAUGGAUGCUUUAGUUUGCUUUUCUUU